UAAAAUUCGUAUAGACCGAUUUUAGGUCGCAUUAAGAGGAUUUUUCCUAAGCAUAUCUGCUUAAGAGUUCAAAAAUGACGUAUAUCAUCUAAACUUUAAAAAUUCCAGACAUUCUUUCUUCCAUAAAGUCGAAGAAAUAGAACCCAUAAAAGUUCGAAUCCAUCAGCAGCAAAAACAGCUCAAAUCACUCGUUUAGUUCAUAACAAUCUACACUAAUGCGCUUCCUCCAGUAAAUGAAAAAAUCAUUUUGCUGAGAUUUUCUCCUCCAUCCCUCACAAUUCUGCUUAGCACUGCAGAGCUAUUCUUAACGCGGUGGUGACAUUAAAUUUUAAUUUUUUUACAAACACAGAAAAAGAAACAGUACGAAGAAAAGCAAUAAAAAGUCUAAAGAACCAUGAAUUAUCGAUUAAUACUCUCAUUUUUGAAUAGCUAUUGUUUCAAGGUUAAUAGAACAACAAAAAAGUAAAAAAAAAUUGUGUGCGAGUGUUCAUACUUAUGUACAGCAACAAAAAUGAAGUCAAAAGUUUCAAUAAAUCAACCAGUCAAACACAAGCACGCUUUAGCUGAGCGAAAAUGCACUUUCAAUUGAAUAAAAAGAGAGAAAUAAACAACAAAACAAACAGAAAAAAUGAAAAUCAAAUGUAAAUGAAUUUAAAAGUUUGUCGUUUGGUGCGUGGCUGUUUUAAGUGACAACAAGCGCAACACCAAGAGAGAAUAAAAAGAAUAACAAAAAAAAAAUUUGUGACAUAUUUCCAACAGUGUACAUAAAGUGGCAGAAGUAGACAAAGUUUCUAUUAGAUUCAUAAAAUAAUUUACCUUAAUUGAUUAGUAAUUAUUGUGGAGAAUAAAUCCGUCAAUCAAUUUCGGUGUAGUGGAAAUGAUGGCUAAUUUAAAUGGCUCAUCAACUGCUUUAGUCAGUUGUGAGAUAAUUGAAAAAGAAACAAUGACGACAUCAAAUAUAGCGACGACAAAUAGUCUGGAUGAGUUGCAAAAAGUAAACGAUUUUUUCGAGGCUAAUUCCGGUGCUAUCGAGAGAUGGCUCAGAGAGAAAGCAUCGGAUGAAGUCAUAAACCGUCUCCAUUCCAUUACGAAAAGCAAAGAACGUGUGAUUGACAGGGAGCAACAUAGAUCAUCUGUCACUUCAGAACUCUAUCAACAAUGGCUGUCAUCAUCAAUGAAACAAAGCACAUCAUCUUCGUCGAGAAGCUCAAAUGAGACUCGAAAAAGUUUAGCACAAUUAGAUGAAGGAGAGCUGUUUAUGGAACUGAUAAAGGAUAUAGCAAAUGAGCUCGAUAUUGAUGUCUUAUGUCAUAAGAUUCUCGUAAAUGUUGAAUUAUUAACGCAUGCUGACAGGGGAUCACUGUUUCUCGUAAAAGGCAAUUCGGCACAGUCACGUUACCUUCAGGCUAAGCUCUUUGAUGUCACUCAAGAUACUGCUCUUGAUGAUGCAAUUAAACGUGCAAAAGCGGAAGAAAUUAUCAUUCCGUUUGGCGUUGGCAUUGCUGGACAUGUUGCCGAAACAAAGGAAAUGGUGAACAUAAUGGACGCAUAUAAUGAUCCACGUUUCAAUUGUGAAAUUGAUCUUAAGACUGGCUAUAAAACAAAUAAUAUUCUCUCGUUACCGAUCUGUAACUAUGAGGGUGAAGUUAUAGGUGUUGCUCAAAUCAUAAACAAGACAAAUGGUCAGGAAGAGUUUACAGAACGUGAUGUUGAAGUGUUUAAGCGGUAUCUUACUUUUUGUGGCAUUGGAAUACAAAAUGCUCAGUUAUUUGAGAACAGUGUCCUCGAGUAUCGACGGAAUCAAAUUUUACUCAAUUUGGCACGAAGCAUUUUCGAGGAGCAGAAUAAUUUGGAAUGUCUGGUAACGAAAAUCAUGAAAGAGGCGAGAGAUCUUCUCAAAUGUGAACGAUGUGCCGUAUUUCUAGUUGAUUUGGAAUGCUGUGAAGCGAGUCAUUUAGAGCGAAUGCUUAAGUCAACUAAUCAAAUAGAUUAUGAGGAAAGCAAUAAUCCUGACAAUGAUGCAUCGAAAAAGGCUAUUUAUGUUCCACAAAAAUUCACCAGGAUAUUUGAAAUGGGAAGUGAUGAACCAAAAUCGAACGGCCGUCCAUCUAUCGAGGAUAUUAAUAGUUCAGUUUUAGCUCAAAUUGCUCAAUAUGUGGCGCGGACUGGUGAUAUUUUAAACAUCAAUGAUACAGCCGAGUGGUUAAAAAGCCAUAAAGAGUACAGCAUUAAUAGUUUAAGUGAUGACAUAACACAGGAAUCGAAAUGUAUCUUAUGCAUGCCAAUCAAAAAUGGCCAGAAAAAUGUCAUUGGCGUUCUCGUUUAUGUUCACGCGAAUGGAGUUCAAUUUACAAAUUGUGAAAUAUCAAUAUUUGAAGCAUUUGCAAUUUUCUGUGGCCUAGGAAUUCAUAACACGACAAUUGCAUGUAAACUUAUGGCAAAGCAAAAAGUCGCACUUGAGUGUUUAUCAUAUCAUGCAACAGCGCCACCUGAUCAAACGAUGAAAUUGGCCUCUGAACCCGUUAAAAGUGCUGAAGACUAUAAGUUAUAUAGCUUCAAAUUUAUAGAUUUUGAUUUAUCGGAAGAAGAGACAUGUAGGGCAACAAUCAGGAUGUUUGUAGAUUUCAAUCUAGUCGGUCAAUUUCAUAUUCCUUACGAUGUCCUAUGUCGAUGGAUAUUGAGUGUGAAAAAGAAUUAUCGACCAGUUAAAUAUCAUAAUUGGAGGCACGGCUUCAAUGUUGCUCAGACUAUGUUUGCGAUGAUGAAGACGGGAAAGAUGGAACGCUUUAUGAAGGAUCUCGAAAUACUCGGUCUCCUCGUGGCUUGCCUAUGUCAUGAUUUAGAUCAUCGCGGCACAAACAAUGCAUUUCAAUUAAAGACAGACUCACCAUUAGCAAUAUUAUAUUCAACUAGUACAAUGGAGCAUCAUCAUUUUGAUCAAUGUGUUAUGAUUUUGAAUUCAGAGGGAAAUAAUAUAUUUCAGGCUUUAUCACCUGAAGACUUUCGUUAUGUGAUGAAUGUUGUGGAGUGUGCCAUACUUUCGACAGACUUGGCCAUGUAUUUUAAGAAACGAGAUAAAUUUCUUGAAUUGAUUGAUAAUGGUGAAUUUGAUUGGCAGAGUGAUGAGAAGAAGGAGCUUCUCUGUGGCAUGAUGAUGACAGCUUGUGAUGUAAGUGCUAUAGCAAAGCCAUGGGAAGUUCAACAUAGCAUUGCAAAAUUAGUUGCCGAUGAGUUUUUCGAUCAAGGUGAUUUGGAGAAGCUACAAUUGAAUACAAAGCCUAUAGCCAUGAUGGAUCGAGAGAGAAAAGAUGAACUUCCAAAAAUGCAAGUCGGCUUUAUAGAUGUCAUCUGUAUGCCAUUAUAUAAGGUGUUGUCUGAAACGUUUCCUUGGAUAUCACCACUGUUUGAUGGUACGAUGGAGAAUCGAAGGCACUGGCAAGACUUGGCUGAAAAAGUCGAAAUGGGAUUGACAUGGAUUGAUCACGAUACAAUUGAACAGCCAAUUGAGGAACUCGCUGCUAAUUCCAAUGAAAUUGGUGACAUCGAAUUCACAGUUUGCGAGCUAAACUGUCAUAAUGCUCAACAUGAUGAUCAGACUUCACCCGUACAUGAAAGAAAGCCACGUUUUAGUAGCUUUAAAAAGAGUGGCGCAUUAUCGAAAGCAGUUAGAAGUAAGCUUAACUUAUCAAAAUCGUCAACGCAAUCAACGGAAAAGCAAAACAGUUGUGGUGAGAGUAGUUCCUUCGAUCAUGAUAAGUUUGAGAAUAAUAAUACAGAAAAUGGAAGUGCCGCAAAAAUCGAUUCAACGAUACAGGAACACUCGUCAUCUAGCUCGGCCACUUCUGCAAAAUCACAUCCGACAAAAGUGACGAAGAAAAAGUCAAAAUUAUGCUUAUUAUUAUGACCGAGGCAAUACAGUGAAGAUCAUCACGUAUAAUCAAUGCGUGAUUCCUUCUCUUCACUGUAAAAAAUCUUUGCAUCGUUUCCUACAUUAUAUAGCAUUAUUAUUAUUUCAUAUUACAUUCAGUGAUAGAUUUGAGAAAAGAGAUUCUUUGGCUGGAAACUUUUUUUUGAGCAUGCAUUUCCUGAAUCCCUAGUCAUAAUGAGAAAGUUUUAAGAAUUUUUAAUCCAGAUUUGAAGUUAGCUAUUCCAAAAAAAAGUUUCUAACUCUAGAAAGAAAACAGUCAUCAUGUCUAAGUGAAAGAAAGAGAGAGAGAGAAAGAGGACGGAAGGAAGAAAAGCACACAAUUCUUUAUGAAAUAACAUAAAAUGUUAUGUGAGUAAAGGAGAGAACAUAAUAUCCAAAAAUAUGUGUAAAAGAGAAAAGAUAUUAGAUUUUUUAAAGGAUAGGAAAAUAAAAUUUCCCUUUGGGGCUGUUCACUUAUUACGUAACGCGAAAAAAUGACUUCUUAGACCCCCCCCCCCUCGUAACAAAAUUUGUAUGAAAAAAAAAUUUCCUUGUUUGAACCGUAACAAAAUCUUAGACCCCCCCCCUCCCCCUAAAAGCGUUACGUAAUAAGUGAAUGGCCCCUUUUCGAUGAAACGUUUAGACAUACAAAUCUAUAAUGCUUGAAAUUAUUAGAAGAAAACUCGUUUUUAGUGCUUAUAGCUUUUCAUACAAGUACAUGCGUUCGCAUGCAUGCGGAAAAAAAUGAUAUAAAAAAGCUUUUGUGAAUAUAAAAUGCGGUGAUUUUUAUAUACAAGAAUUUUAAUGGAUUUUUAAAAGGUUUCAAAUUGUUCGAGACUUUUAAGGAAUGAGAUUUUCAAUUUCUAAUGAAUUUUAAAAUCAAAAAAAAUUUUAAAAAAAAAAUAUUCUUGAGAAUUUUAAUAAGUAAUUUUUUCAAUAAAUAAAUCAGCUUCAAAGCUCCACCUCUUGACUUCAUUUUAAACCAAAGUAAAGUAUCAUGUAUCAAAAGUACGGUUUUGUCUAAAAAUAACUUUUUCAAUCAUAUUUUCUUGUUAUGAAUUAUUUCAACCUUGCAAAACAAAUUUUUACAUGACAGAUUUCCAAUGUUCUAAGAAUAAACGCUCAAAAAUAACUCAUGCAUGAAAGUAAACAUAAGAAAAACAUUUUAAAGGAAUAAAAUUAACCCUCAUCUAAAAAUAAAAUAAUAAUAAUAGGACUUGUAUGAGAAGCUAAAUGCACCUUGACAUCGUCCCAGGAGUGUGACAGGCUUUCUUUGUUGUCUAAAGACGGGAAUUGAAUUUUCCGCGAGGAUGAUUAAUCCAAAGUAGCUACGCUUUUGAAUAGUCCUUCAUAUCCCAGUCAGUAGAUAAAUAAUAAGAAGAUUUAAAAAUUAUUUGAAAGUUGAAGAUAUUUUAAGGGUGAAUCCAGGUAGGAGUCUUUUUUUUAAAUAUAUUCCCGUAUUCGACCCCUUUCUUGAAUACACCCUUACCAGCUAUAUAGCGAUGUAGGAGGUAAGUAUGUUCUUCACAGUUUACUUUCGCAUAAAAGCUGCUAUUACAACUUUAAAAGUAACUAGUAAGGUGAUAUUAAAUUUCUUCUAAAAAAUAUACAUUAUAUAUUUAUGAUGAAAAUAAUAAGAAAUCUUCAUGCAUAUUUGUAAAAUGGGAUGGAAAGCAAUUGUAUAUAGAAUUUAAUCAUGCCACAUGUUGUGAAAUUAUACUACUGUAUUUAAGUAGCUCUCUAUAAGAUACAUAUAUUUUUGAUAUGAAAAAGGAUUUUUAUUUUACAAAAAGAAGAAAAUGAUGAUGAAAAAUAGAAGGAAGCAUUAUCAUUGCUGCAAGGUGGAGGUAGUUGUUGUAUAAAAUGUCAAUGAGAUGUCGUGUAUUUCUGGUUCUUAGGACUCAAUCGAAGAAUCAAAUUUUUGAACAUUCAAUCAAUAUUAACCUGUCAAAAUUGAGGAAUUAAAUUAAAAUUCAAAGUUCCCGUUAUUUGAAACCUUAAACAGAAAACAGUUUUGACAUUUUACACCGUAAUUGACCCCCCUUGAUCGUUACUUAUUGCUCUAUGAGAGUUUAAUCUUUCUUUGACAUUCAUAAAAAAUGGAAAACGACAAAUUUUCAUUUUACAAAAUUGUUGCUAAAUUGUAGGAUUUUAUGGCAUUUUCUCUCUUUCUUGUUCUUGACGUCACGCAAGUCCAAAUGAAAUAAAAAAAUCUUUUAAAAUGAGAAUUUAAAUUUUAAAUGAAAUCCGUAGAUGAAAAGUAAGAGAAAAAUUUAAAUUAUUUUGCUGAUAAAUAUUAUGCUAUUAAAAAGUAAGUUAAGAAUGAAAUUUUAAUAUAGACUUAGUAAAGAAAGUUACCAUAUGUUGUUAUAGUAAUUGUGCUUUUGGUGCUGCUGGUCAGUAAAUUUAUUAAAAUUUUGAUGAAAAUGGAAUUUUCUGGUCAAUGUUAAAUGAGUUCUGGAUUUAGAUUUCAUUGGAUGUAACCAUAAAGGCUCUAAAGAUGCUUCCUUUAAGUUAAAUUCCCUUGGAAAGGGUCCAAAAAAUGUAUGUAUAUUUUACUGAUCCAUGACUAUUCUUAGAUUACGCUAGUAUCUAGCCUGCACAACUCCAAAUCCCUCUUCCUUACAAAAAAUACUAGCUGAAAUCAAUCCCAGCCAGCCAGCAAAACUGCACAAGACACAGCCGCAUCAAAAGCACACAACGAAAAUAAGUCGACGAGAAAGUUCUGCUUCGUGUGAAGUAAAUGAAGAAGAAGAUACUCAUAAUUGGAAAUUGUCUUAUGAUUUUUUGUAUACUUAGUAAGCAAAAAGAGAAUAAAUUAUGUCAAGAAGCUUUUAUAGAGUCACAAGCAUAAACUCACAUACAUAUUCACGAAAAAAAAUCUGACAUACAUUCACAAAAAUGAAUAAAAGGAAAUUUAUAGCGUCCUAAAUUGUGAAAAUUAAUAUCACAUUUUUAUUAUUCGUGCAUGUAAAGUCAAAACUUUUAAAUAAUAAAAAAAAUUCUGAAUGAAAGAUAAUCGAUUCGCACUUUUAUGACAUGCCUUACGAUGAAUACUUUUUAGUCAUUUUAAUGUAUUUCUUCUUAUCCACAAUGAGGGUGUGGGUUAUGAUGUUUUAAGAUAUUUUUGUUAUGCAUUCAAACGAAUAUACUCAGAAGGACUAUUUAAGUCUACCUUAAUAUUAUUUCCAAUAUUGGAACCUUCAAUAUUAUUUCUUUCCUAAAUUCGUUUACAUGUUUCUUGCCUCAAAAGUUCAAGUACUAAGAAAAAAUGUAAUUGUUAAGCAAACCACAAUACCCUCGUCUUGAGGGGGCAACAUCCUUAUCAAUCAAUUUAUAUUUUUUGGAUGGAUGGAUUGUGGGUAGGCUAAGCAAUGAGACAUGAAAGCUUUCCAACCUAUUGUAUCAUGUCAAACUUUUUUCAUGAAAUAAAUUUUAAGAUUGACACAAUUGAGGCAUAUUUUGCUGCUGUCUUUCUGGUUGUGAUCUAUGAGCUUUUUCAAUUUCAAUAACUUUUCCUAUAUUUAUUAUAAUCAAUCCUCAAAGCACCUAUAAACCGAUUCAAAUUUCACAUAUUAAUGGUUCUUAGACUUACUUAAAAGAUCCUGCGAGACUUUCUCUGAUUUUAAUAAAUUAAAGAAUCAAAACCCACCCGAAAUUCAACCACUAAACUCAUCUUGAAGAAUUUUUCAACAAUUUUAUGAAAAACAUCUCAUUUGUGUGCAGCAAUAAAGAAAAAAUAAAAAUUUCAAAUUAAUAAUGGAAAUGGAAGUAGAAUAAACAAAAUUAAAAAAACGUCUUAGAUAAGCUUCUUUUUUUCUCUUUUAAGAAUCUCACAAAAAAAAAGUCAUUAAAAAGAUUAAAAAAAGAAUUUUUGCGAUCAUCAUACUACCUCUUAUUUUAAUGUCUUUCGAGUAUGAAUAGAAUAAAAGUUUAAUUAAG